CCCAGACUGUCAGUGCUGUUUCGAACUCUCCCUAUAUCUCUAUUUUCUCUCUCUAUCGUGUUUAUUAUUCGUACGCUGUUACCUAUAUACAUAUAUAUAUAUAUAUAACCGCCGCAUUAACCUCCUUGGUAACGAGGUUUUUGCUUGAGGAGAAUCUGGUUGCAAUGAGUCGCGGCAACGAUCGUAAUCCGUUCGAGGAGGAGCCUGAAGUCAAUCCAUUUUCGAAUGGUGCUGGGUCGAAGUCACGCAUUCCUAAAGUGGUUUCUAAUACAUUCGGCUUUGGGCAGAAACAUGAUGCUAAUAUGGAUAUACCUUUAGACAACAUGAAUGAUCCCAAGAAAAAGGAGAAAGAACUAGCUUCCUGGGAAGCAGACUUAAACAGGAGAGAAAGGGAGAUUAAACGGAGAGAAGAUACUGUUGCUGGUGCUAAUAUUCCCGUCGACAAUAGAAAUUGGCCUCCAUUUUUCCCGAUCAUCCAUCAUGAUAUAGCAAAUGAAAUACCUGUUCAUGCUCAAAGGUUGCAGUAUCUUGCGUUUGCAAGUUGGUUAGGUAUUGUACUUUGCCUUGUGUUCAAUGUUGUUGCAAUCACUGUUUGCUGGAUAAAAGGCGGUGGAGUCAAGAUCUUCUUCCUUGCAAUUAUAUAUGCCCUAAUGGGGUGCCCACUCUCAUAUGUGCUAUGGUACAGGCCACUGUAUCGUGCGAUGAGGACUGAUAGUGCCUUGAGGUUUGGCUGGUUUUUCUUGCUCUAUAUGCUCCAUAUUGGAUUUUGUAUUUUUGCCGCUAUUGCACCACCAAUUGUCUUCCAUGGAAAAUCAUUCACUGGAAUCCUUGCGGCUAUUGAUGUCUUCUCUGACAGUGUUUUGGUUGGAAUCUUUUACCUCAUCGGUUUUGGUUUGUUCUGCUUGGAGUCACUUCUAAGCUUAUGGGUACUACAGAAAGUAUAUACAUUUUUCAGGGGAAACAAAUGAGAUUUGGAAGUGGAUGUAGAAGUCGGACGAGGCAGCCGUUUUCCUUGAAAGUAAAGUAUAUAUAGAUUUGUGACUAUCUAUCUCUUCAUCAUAUUCCUAUUUGUUUAUGUCCAUUUUGAGAAGAGCUUUUUGAGAUUCAGAUUCAGAUUCAGAUUCAGAUAUUGUUACAUGCUCUUGUUUGGAUUGACAUACUUACAUAAUUACUCAUGUUUUCUAUAUGCCUAUUUUAUGGCCCA